AUGUUCAUCGGACAAUGUGUGCUUAUGCACACAUCUGGCAUGCACAUGAUUAUUGCGCCGCAGCAUACUGUGCUGACAUGCGUUUUUGUACGGUUCCUGGGCAGAAGCACAUUUGCAUGUUCUGUGUACGAGAAGUUAAUGACAGCACGGAGACGUCGACCAUAUCAUUCUGAGUCUGUGUCAUCUGGAGGGUGGUCUCAUACUCUACCCUGGCUGUGGUAUGAUUCACCACCCAAACAAUGGCUGGAGGCAGAAGAUGUGCAGAUACGGGUGCAAUUCAGCGGUGGCAGCAUCGAAUCUGGUUCGGUUUCGCUGUUGCCAUUCAUCCUGUCUGCGUAUGCCUUGAACGGCAGCUGGCUCGGUUAUCAAAACCUCACAGACCAAUUUCAGAUCUGUGGGGCAUGGAAGCGCCACUCGACCUCCUGGCGGCGCUUUGGACACAACUACAUCAAUGACUGCACGCUGCCGCUGGCUGAGGUUGGUGCACUCAUCGAGGCUCAUGGGCCCCCUGUGUUCUACGAGCUCCACUUGCAGGACAGCCCUGGGAGCUUGUACCCCGUGCCAAUCGUCCUUCUGGGGCCUGGCGAUGAAGAGGGGGCAGUCAUUGAGGAUGAGGACACAAGGCUGGUGCGCAGGUUUUUCUUCAUGGAUGGAGAUCUGGGGAAGGCCAGGGGAGGCGAGGAUGCAGCCGUGGUGCAGUUCUUGGAGGAGUUUAAGCUGACGGUGACGUUGCGAGGAGAUGGGCAAAUAUAUGCCCCAAGGCUGACGAUCAGCCUCAUCAACAACGCCGCAAUCCAUCUGCUUCAAGGUAUCCUACAAGAAUGGACGCAGCAAGACCUCGUCCCUGAGGACCGUGUGGCUGGCCGUGGUAGCUGCCAGCCUGGCCUGUGGGCUGGUGGUGCUUGUCAUCAAGGUCUUCCAGUUUGCUUUGGUCCAGCAGAGCCCAGGCUUGGACUGCACGUGCCUGGUGUAUGCUGCAGUGAAGUUGGCUGA